AUGGAUCACAGUUUUUAUUUAUUAAUAAAUUAAAGUAAUUGAGAAACCCCCGAGUCCAGGAUUCAUUGCACCUUGCAGAGAAGUAGAAGAAACGUCUAAUUUACAAAAUCUCCUCUUUCACUACAAAUACCCCAAACGCAUCUCUUUCCUCGAGCUGUCGGUGUUUUUUGUUUCUCUUCGCCGGAUCCAUUAGUCUUCUGCGUCUUCCACAGGUGAAAUUGAAAAAGACACACUCUUUUUCCUUGUUAUCCUGAUUUGGAGGAGGAGACUGCAAACAAAUCUGAAAUGUCCCGUGGAAGGGUUCCUUUCACGGAUCUGAAACGAGUAUACGAUGUUGAGCAAGCGUGCUCUAUGCCAAACACAUUCCAAGACGACGAUGAUGAUGAUGAUGAUCUAUGGCCGCUUGGCGAGAUUGAUCCCAAAAAGUUGAAAUUCCCUUGCUGUAUAGUCUGGACUCCUCUCCCUGUCGUCUCUUGGUUGGCUCCUUUCAUUGGCCACGUUGGUCUUUGCAGAGAAGAUGGAGUCAUCCUCGACUUUGCUGGCUCUAACUUCAUCAGCGUUGAUGAUUUCGCUUUUGGUCCUCCUGCUCGCUAUCUGCAACUCGAUAGAAAACAGUGUUGCAUGCCACCGAACUUGGGUGGGCACACUUGCAAGUACGGGUACAAACACACAGAGUUUGGAACGGCGGUUACAUGGGACGAUGCGCUGAGCGCGAGUGCGCGUAGCUGUGAGCAUAGGACUUACAACCUCUUCACAUGUAACUGCCAUUCGUUUGUUGCAAACUGUCUGAACCGCCUUUGCUAUGGCGGUUCGAUGGAGUGGAAAAUGGUGAAUGUUGCUGUUCUGAUUCUGAUGAAAGGGAAGUGGGUCAGCGCGUCGUCUGUAGUCCGGUCGUUUCUGCCGUGUGCUGUGGUUACGUGUCUUGGUGUAUUGCUUGUUGGGUGGCCCUUCUUGAUCGGCCUCUUCUCUUUCUCGCUAUUACUCGUCGCCUGGUUCAUAAUUGCUACUUACUGUUUUAAGAACAUAAUGUGUUGAAAACAAACUAUAUAUUAUACUAUCUUUGAGUUGUUCUCUUUUUCUUUUGACAUUUUCUAGCUUUCAACUCCAUUAAAUAUUUUACUUCUCUCA